CCGCCUCAGAGCCUUAGCCAAUGGCGGUGACCCAAUUCCAGACCGACAAGCUUGAGAAGAUCCGGCGAGCAUAUAUGACGCCGGCGGCCACCGGAGCGGUUUAUUGUGUACCUAUUUCGAGGGCCUAUACCGCACCUCAGCGAUCGGUAUGAGGCACCUUACUUCGCAGAUUGAUGGUCUCUACGUUCUACCCGCUCCUGGGUUCGAGUGUCCUUCAGAAAACCACAGACUACCAUGCCUUCCAGCACUUUGCUCCGCGGACCAGACGCUGUGCGCACCUGCGCCUCUGCUUCGGAUGUAUUCCGAACGUCAUUCAGCGUUGCGUUUGCUCUACUAAAGACGUCUUGGAAGACAUCUCAGGUAGUCACCCGAGACUUUUACGCAGAACUACCAGACAGGGCGCUGGGCUGUCAAACUUCUUCCGCACAUCCCGGGCAGCAACAGCCUAUGGUUUGCUUGUCCUCUCUGGCGAAUCCCGUUCCGCUCAAGCGUAGCUUGCGGAAUACUGUGUGUAAGAGAAUUUUGACACAAAAACCCAGCGCCUCGGCCAAAUCCAGCAGCAGAGAUGCACCCCACACACUCCAUGCGGGCUAAGCAGGGGGUACCCAGUCGUUCUUUGCACUCUCGAAACGGAGUCGUUGAAAGGUUAAUGUCAUCAACGAGCAAGCUUUGAGCUUGCACCAAUCAGCGAAUUGCUAUUCAAAGACGCCCUUGGCCGAAGUCGCCUCGGAUCUUGGGGCCCCUGACAAACGGCAGGAUGCCCCCAAGGAAUUGGACCGGGACCCUUCUUGGACAAGGGCCAAUCCAGCAUCGAUGCAGGUGAUUGGGGGAG